UUUUGCAGAGGUAGCAAAACAUCCGCAGUGACGCUCGCUCGUCUGUCAGUGAGCAUGAAAAGAACUUUUCUUCUUUCUUUCUGACGUCCGAAGAAUCUCCGCAAAGGUUCCGCCACCAGGGUCACUUUCUCCAGACCAUGCCCCACGACCCCGACCCUCCUCCGGCGAAGAAAUUCAAGCCGGGGUCUGUUUUCUUCCGUCUCGAUAAGAAGAAACCUGGAAUGCUGCUGCCUAGAAAGGGAAAUGCAACCACUCCGAUAGACGUCCAGAGGAAACAGCUUCCCAUCUACCAGGCGAAACCUCAGCUGCUGAACCAACUGAGACAGCUGCACAAUGCUAUCCUCAUAGGGGAGACCGGCUCUGGGAAGACCACUCAGAUCCCCCAGUAUCUGUAUGAGGCCGGCAUCGGACGACAGGGCAUCAUUGCCAUCACUCAACCUCGUCGAGUUGCUGCAAUCUCACUGGCAGGAAGGGUGGCAGAGGAGAAGAGGACUCAGCUUGGCAAGCUGGUUGGUUACACAGUGCGCUUUGAGGAUGUCACCUCCUCUGAGACAAAGCUGAAGUUCAUGACAGAUGGCAUGCUGCUGCGUGAGGCCAUUGGAGACCCCUUGCUGCUGCGCUACACAGUGGUGGUCCUGGACGAAGCUCACGAGCGCACUGUGCACACUGAUGUGCUGUUUGGCGUGGUCAAGACUGCUCAACGCAGGCGCAAAGAACUUAAUAAGAUUCCCCUGAAGGUCAUAGUGAUGUCAGCCACGAUGGAUGUGGAUUUGUUCUCAGAGUACUUCAACAAGUCACCUGUGCUGUACCUGGAGGGCAGGCAGCAUCCCAUUCAGAUCUACUACACCAAGCAGCCCCAGUCGGACUACUUGCAGGCGGCACUCGUCUCCGUCUUCCAGAUCCAUCAGGAGGCACCUCCGUCCCAUGACAUCUUAGUCUUCAUGACGGGUCAGGAGGAGAUCGAGGCUCUGGCGAGGACAUGCCGGGACAUCGCCAAGCAUCUGCCCGACGGCUGCGGUCCCAUGGUAGUUAUCCCUUUGUACGCAUCGCUGCCCCCAGCACAGCAGCUCAGGGUCUUCCAGCCCGCUCCCAAGGGAUGCAGGAAGGUCAUCCUCUCAACCAACAUUGCCGAGACAUCAGUCACAAUCUCUGGGAUCAAAUUCGUCAUAGACACGGGGAUGGUGAAGGCCAAACGUUUCAACCCUGACAGCGGGCUGGAGGUGCUGGCGGUGCAGCGGGUUUCUAAAGCCCAGGCGUGGCAGCGAGCGGGCCGGGCUGGCAGGGAGGACUCCGGCUCCUGCUAUCGUCUCUACACCGAGCAGGAGUUUGACAAUCUCAUCCCGAUGACUGUGCCUGAGAUCCAGAGGUGUAACAUAGCCGGUGUGAUGCUGCAGCUCAUGGCUCUGGGGAUUCCAGAUGUGAUGAAUUUUGAUUUCAUGUCCAAGCCUUCCCCAGAGGCCGUUCGCACUGCUGUGGAGCAUUUAGAGCUGCUGGGGGCUGUGGAGAGGAAGGAGGGGCAGGUUCUCCUCACUGCUCUGGGAAAGAAGAUGGCAAGCUUCCCUCUGGAGCCUCGAUACGCUAAGACCAUCCUGUUGUCCCCUGACUACUCCUGUUCUGAAGAGAUUCUGAGCAUCGUGUCUCUGCUAUCAGUGGACACGGUGCUGUAUAACCCUCCUGCCCGGCGGGAAGAGGUGCUCGCUGCACGCAAGAAGUUCUCCUCCAGUGAAGGAGACCACAUGACACUGCUCAACAUUUACAGAGCGUUCAAGAAAGUCAGUGGUAAUAAGGAGUGGUGUCGAGAGAACUUUGUCAACAGCAGGAACAUGGGUCUGGUGAAAGAAGUCCAGGCGCAACUCAGAGAUAUCUGCCUUAAGCUCAAUUUGAAGCUGGAGUCAUGUGGGGCGGACACAGGGAAUGUUCGCCGCUGCCUCGCCCACGGGAUGUUCGUCAACGCCGCGGAGCUCCAACCUGACGGCAGCUACUUGGCUCUGGACACCCACCAGCCCGUGGCCAUCCACCCCUCCUCCGUCCUUUUCCAGGGCAAGCCAGCAUACGUAGUCUUCAACGAGCUGCUGCACACCUCCCGCUGCUACAUGAGAGACCUGUGUUUGGUGGACGCCGACUGGCUGCUGGACGCAGCGCCAGAGUACUUUGGCCGCAAACUGCACCCCACCAAGAGCUAGCCAAUAGAGAAACAGGACUGAAGUAAAUCUCUGCAAGGACACCUUCCUCAAAUCACCCAGUGACAAUAAAACUGGAAAACGUACUCUCUUCACAGCUGAUUUCAAAUCAGAACAGAACAUUUUCUGUGCAGUAAACUGCUCUGGAUUUCACUACCUCCCAGUUGACAAGCAUUUGACACGUGUCACUGCAGCAGAAAUCUGCAUAUUGAGGCCUCACAACUUUGACUUCCUGUAAGACUGUAAUUCAGAUUUUAUAAACUUUGUUUCUUCUGCCUGUUAGUAUUUCAUCUUGCCAUGUUGCCACCUGUUAAAAGGAGUACUUCACCCAAAAAAUGACCAUUUGUAUACAAAUAACUCUCCGUGUUACCUUGAAUUUGUUAAUUUUUCUUGCGUGCUUGCACAGUGAACAAGGAAUCCAAAAUAGAUGAACAUUCGUCAUGAAUUUUCAAAAACCAGUUUACAAACUCAGUACUUUCCAAACAGAUGCAUUUUUGCUAAAACUUUAGUUCUUAUAACUGAACUAAAAGUGAAACUUAGGAGCCAUACACAUGCCGCGUCUUAAACUGCCUGGAAAACACGAGGUUGUGUGCUGGGUGCUACUUUUUUGCUUUUUUUUGUGCCAGCUUUCAAGAGCGCAGCGGCCAGUUGGGUCUUAGGUUGCUAAGCCACCUCAACUAACACUAUACCAUAGCCCAUUUACCUGACAUCCUGAGUGCAGAGCUGAUCUUCUUCCAGGAGCUGUUUAUAAGUGUGUAGGCCUAUCAUCCGUGGGACAGAUGUAAAGCUCUGGCAGCCCUGCACUAAAAUGAUCAACUUCUCCAUAUUUAUCGAUAUAUCAAUAUUUAAAGAUAUCUGUUGGCGGUGUGCGCCACUGCUUUCCAAAAGUUGAACUUGGUUUAUCUCAAAGCACAGCCAUUGCGCCUUUAAAAUGGGCUCUUGGGAACGUGUGCGCACCGCAGUGGCGUCGUUCUGGCGUUUGAGUGCGCCUGCCACGCGUCUACACUGAAAACAAUGAAUUUGAAGGCGUAAAAAACACAGCAUGUGUACGGCCUCUUAUCUAUGCUCUCUUCAAAGCCAGACUUCACUGACAAAGACAGUAAUUUUACCUCACUGAAGUUACGCGGGAGCUGCUGGUCUACCACUGCCUCAAUCAGUCAGUUUAUUUGCAUUAAUGUGUGACUUUGGUGAAUUUGAACAUACCCUUUAAAACAGCGAAGUCACACAACAACAAAAACAAACUCACCGAACGAGGCAGCAGUAGACCAGCAGCUCUCGUUUCCAGCAAGGUAAAAUUACUAUUUUUGUCAAUGGAGUCUGGCUUUAAAGAGAGCAUAGAUAAGUUUUACUUCCAGUUUCUGUCAGAAAAGGACGUCUCUUUAGGAAGUACUGAGCAUACGACUUGAUAAAUGAGACUUGGAUUAUACUGCACAGGUUGUGUGAGGUGAGAGUUUCUUAACGGAUGUUUCAAAGUAGUUUUGCUGUAGUUAAACAUGGACCCUGAUUACGUCAGUUCGCAUUCUCUCUUCACCGUGGAGGCAUGCCAGAAAAACAAAGUUUAUCUCAUAAAUUCAAUGUAACACACAGUGAGUAACUGAUACACAAAUGAUCAUUUUGAGGGUGAAGUAUUCCUUUAACACUCAAAAAACUCUUUCUGAGGUGUCAUGCAUCAUUUCUUGCAACAUUUGCAUGCAUUUUAAUCGCACAGAUAACCUCACAGGAGCAGGUCUUUAAGAAGCGUUGUCUGAUAUGAUUUAUCUGUUCAUUCUUUCUUAAAAAAUCAAAUCAGACUCGAUAGAAUGCCACUCUCCAUAUGUUAUUCUCACAAAGUAUAGCACUUAAUUCUUAAGCCAUGUAACCAACAAUAUUCAGACAGCACUAGUCGACUGGCUCAUGGUUCUGUCAGUGUCAUUUUGAAUAGUAAUGAGGAGUUAAAGCAGUCAGGUCUUAAGCUUUCCCACCAUGUUGUUUUGGAUUUAUACAAAGUGGUCUUAAAGGGUUUUAUAUAUGCAAGGACAGUAGAUUUGUCUUAAUCUAUGAGGUUAUGGAAAUACAAGAAAAUCACCAAAGUUGGAGUUAGAAUAUGAGGUUUUUAUGACACGACUUCACUUUUAUAUUUACUCUACAUGCAGCACUUGUCUUGUCAGCUUGUGCAUGCCUGUUUUCCCCCACAUCUAUGAUUGUAUCACCAGUUCCCCCCGAAAUACAUACACAUCAGGAGAAGUAGCAUGCCUUAUUCUCCAGGUUCUACUCUUUGCUGUUGUAUGUUACUCAGCCCGUACACAGACUAACCACAGAUGUAUGCUGACAACAUAUGUAUGCAAUGCAUGGAGAUUCUAGUUAAUGAUCUGACCCCUCAGGUCUUUCAUACUUUGUAGAAUGUAAAUCACACUAUGUUUAGAAAUAGGAUGGAUGCCCCUUUUGUCUUUUCUUUUUUACACUGGACUCAGGACUGUACAAUAUAUACUGUAACCUGAAUACAAUACAUAACUAUUUCUGACUAUUAAAAAUACCAAAUGCAUCUGGGGUAGAGAGUCAUCAGACUAUGUCACAAAGAGGUUGUGUUCAGUGCUUACUUUUUCAGUCACAACGGAACAGUAGACCAUUUGAGAUCUGCAUGUUAUGAAGUUUGUAGGAUUAAAUGCACGCCUUUGAUGAUUUUAUUAUGAGUAUAUUUAAUAUGAUUUGUUAAAGUCUUACAUAACCACUAUUGAUAUAAUUUCUAAUAAAAUCCAGUCACUGUCCCUCCGAACGAGUCUGCAUGUGGAG